AUGAGAGGCUAUCGAAAGAAGUCCUUAGAUUUAUCAGGAGCACUCACUGCACUCAUUGUUGGAUUUAUUUCCAUUUGCGGAGGUUUAUCGUGGACGUUGAUCUUGUUGUUUUUCUUCGUCACUUGUUCCGCUCUCACAAAGUACAAAUCAGAUAUUAAAAGGAAAAGAGAAGAUGGAUACAAGGAAGGAGGACAGAGAAAUUUCGAACAAGUGAUUGCGAAUGGAUUCUUUCCAACUUUUAUAUGUCUACUAUAUCAAAUUGUUAGAGUAUUUCAAUUUGAGAAUUUUGAAGCACUUUAUUUGCAAUCUCAAAAGACCAAUGCACCUAUGGAGCUUUCAAGAAUUGAAAUUCAUCGAUAUUUAUAUGGGAAUUUUUAUUAUUUCAAUGCUAAAGAUUAUCCAUUGAAGACAUUCUUACUCGUUUGCUAUCUUUGUUGCUACAUUGCAAAUACAAGUGACACUUGGUCAUCAGAGUAUGGAAUUUUGUCCAAGAAAGAACCAAUAUUUAUUUUAAAUUUUAAGAAAACAUUCCAUGGGGUGAAUGGUGGAGUGAGCUUAUCCGGAUAUUUGGCAAGUCUCGUUUGUGGAAUUUCAUAUUCUAUGCUGUGUCUCUUUAUGAUUUGUUUGGACUUCUUUUAUGCUCGAUAUUUUGGAUUUAAUGACAUUGGAACUAUGCUUGUGGGUGGACAUGAAACAUCUCAAUUGCCACUUUUAACACAAUUACUGACAGUACUGAGCUAUCAAUAUCCAAUUGUGAUUUUAUGCAUUUUCUCUGCAUUGUUUGGAACGACACUGGAUAGUGUAUUGGGAGCCAUCUUUGAAUAUUCAGGAUACGACGAAGAAAAGAAAAUGGUUGUCAAGAAACCUGGUGGAGAAAAGGUCAAACAUAUUUCUGGAUUCGGUAUUUUGAGUGGAAAUCAAGUGAAUUUUCUUUCUGGAUGUAUCACGGGUCUUGUAUGUGCCACAAUGAGCUUGUGGUUGUUCAAUUAUUAA